UAAUGCUAAAGGCUUGCAGGGCAGGUGUCAGGAGGAGAGUGGAAGCAACGGGCCAACCCGAUCAUCAUGCACCGACAAAGAACAGCAGAUUGUCGCACUCAGUCAUCACCAAACAUGGCUUCAGACACCGGCAAGACCGCGGAGCAUGCGCACAUCGAGCAGAUCAUGCAGAGCAGAGUCCUGAAGAAUGGAAUAUACAAAUUCUUACUCUCCGAUGUGCAUAUUACCUCUGCCUCAAAAGGCGAGGUUGUCGCACGUCUGCUGCUCUCCGAGAAUCACAUCAACAGCCAAGGUGGCAUCCAUGGCUCCGUAUCCGCUACCAUAGUUGACUGGAUCGGCGGUAUGGCUAUUGCGUCCUGGGAUUUUCGCAAUGGCACUGGUGUGUCAGUGGACAUUCACGUCACCUAUCAGUCCAGCGCCAAGGUUGGUGAAGAGGUUGAGAUCGAAGGUGUUGCUGAGCGCGUCGGCGGCAAUCUUGCUUUCACGAAAGUGGGCAUCUACAAAGUGGAAGACGGGAAGAGAGGCAGGAUCGUGGCUACUGGCACGCAUACCAAGUUCGUCAAGGGUACAGAGCCUAAGAAGGUGGAAACAUCAACACGCUAGGUGCCGUGGAGCGCUCCUGCGAAGGACUCUUCCCCCUGCAGCCCGGCUAUAUCGCUGACUUUCAUCGCGCACCUUAACUCAUGGAGCAUCGAUUCACUCUUUCAGCGAAGAGAAACGUCUACGAGCUUUGGAACUCGCCGGUGAGCUUCAGCAUUGAACCGGCGGGAAUUAUGAAUAGACUACAGACAUC